AUGGUUUGCUCGUAUGCGGUUAGGAGACUGGCUAAGAAGCAACAUGGAAAAUCAUAUCAUAGCACUGAAGAAGAACAUCUCAGGAUGAACAUUUUUGCUCAUCAUCUGAAAAUGAUUGAAGAACAUAAUGCAAAAUUCGAAGCUGGACUAGUAACUUAUUCUUUGGCCAUGAACCACUUCGGGGAUAUGCUCCCGGAAGAAGUACCCCAGUUAGGAUUCGAUACAACUGGAGAAAUGAUGCAGGAACCUAGCUUCACAUUCCUUCCUCCCGCAAACGUGGAAAUACCGGAAUCAAUUGAUUGGAGGCAGUUAGGUGCAGUCACUCCUGUAAAAAGUCAAGGUAGCUGUGGAUCUUGUUGGGCUUUUAGUAGUACUGGAGCAGUGGAAGGCCAGCUGUUCCGGAAGACCGGAAAACUCGUCUCUCUCAGCGAACAGCAACUUAUAGAUUGUUCCGGAAGUUAUCAUAAUACUGGGUGUGACGGUGGAAGAAUAUAUAGCUCCUUUACGUACCUAAUGGAUGCCGAAGGAUUGGAAAAGGAAGAUUCGUAUCCAUAUGAAGCAUUAAAUGGCACCUGUAGGUACAACAAGGAUAAGGUAGUGCCAGGAACCAAACUCAAAGCUUACACAAAUAUAAGGUACAGAGACGACGACGCUCUAAAGGCUGCCGUUGCCACUGUUGGGCCAAUCUCUGUAGGAGUCAGUGCUAACCACGAUCAUUUCAGGUUCUACAAAGGAGGCGUCUUCAAUGGCGAUACCUGCAAGUAUAUGAUUGACCACGCGAUCCUUCUGGUAGGAUACGGCUCUGAAAACGGAGAAGAAUAUUGGCUGGUUAAGAACUCCUGGGGGGCAGCUUGGGGAGAGGGUGGAUACAUUCGAUUUAAAAGAUCCAUUAAAAACAUCUGUAGUAUAUCAUCGAUGGCCAGCUAUCCAGUUCUACAAUGAGGACCAAAAACGUUUUUUUUAUUUUGUACUUUGAAUUUUGAAUUGAAAUGAAUUUUCAAUUACAUUUAAUUUCAUUGAACAUUACAGGUACAAUUAUAUAUAUGUAUAUAUAUUAUUUAUAUUUAUAUUUACA